AGUGCCAUGCUAUGAUGCUUGCCGUUGCCACCAUCAUCACUCAAAAAAUUUCCAUCCAUCAUGCUUAAUUGGAUGAUUCAAAAACAUAAAUUAUUGAUUAACCUAUUUCCUCACUUCAAUCCUCUUCUCUAACACUCGUCCAACCCAAGAGAAGAACAAGACCAAACCAAGGUUUGUGUAAAACACCAACCAAGAUUUUGCGUUUUUUUUCUUCUUCUUUUUUAUUAAACUUUUCUGAGAUUACUAAACUAGUACGAGGAAGACCGAGGACAAAGUACGAAGUAACAACAACACUGGAAACAAGCGAGACACAAACACCAACGUUAAUUCCAGAUCUCAAUUUUGGAUCCCAUCUUGUUCUUCUUCAUUCUCAAGUUUGAAUUUUUCCCCUUUUCUGAAGCUUUUCUGAACCUCUUCUGAAAUUCAAUUUUUUGGGGUCAAAGUUUAUGGCUUCUUCUGGAAAUCCAAAUCAAAAUCAACAACAACAGCAACAAACCCAAUUUGAUUUGCAGAAACUUUUCAAAGGACCAACGAAUCAAAAUCCUCUACCACCAAUUUCUUCAAAUUUGAACUCUUCUCCUUCAUUCCCUUCACCUUCACUUUCUACACCCCCUCCUUCUUCUUACCCUACCCCUUCUUCUUCAUACCCUCCACCAACUGGUACAUACCCUUAUCAUCAUCCUCACUAUCUUCCUUUUCCAAAUCUUCAUCACCAACAACAAGAAAACCCUCUUAUCCUUCAACACAACCCUCAAAUGCAUGCACCUCAGAGACCUAUUUUUCAACCCCCUUCUUCUUCUCCUUCCUCACCUCACCUUCCUGCAUCUCCAAAUCCAAAUACUACCUCUGGUGCACGGUUAAUGGCUUUGUUGGGCACACAAAACCCUCCUUCAAAUCAAGAUUCUUCUGCAGCAUCACCAUCCGUUUCUGAGUUUUCAGUGUCUGCGAACCCUGCUUCAGGUGCGAACAUGGCAAGUCCUCAGUCCACACCUACAAGGAUGCUGAGCACAAAGCUUCCAAAGGGUAGACAUUUGAAAGGAGAGAAUGUUGUUUAUGAUAUUGAUGUUAAGUUGCCAGGGGAAAUGCAGCCUCAGCUUGAAGUUACUCCAAUUACUAAGUAUGCAUCUGAUCCUGGUCUCGUGCUUGGUCGACAAAUUGCGGUUAAUAGAUCUUAUAUUUGCUAUGGACUCAAGCUGGGUGCUAUUCGGGUUCUUAAUAUCAAUACUGCAUUGAGAUAUUUGCUUCGAGGCCAUACUCAGAGAGUAUCUGAUAUGGCUUUCUUCGCUGAGGAUGUUCACCUGUUAGCCAGUGCUAGCACUGAUGGGAGAAUUUUUAUAUGGAAAAUCAAUGAGGGCCCUGAUGAGGAAGACAAGCCUCAAAUUACUGGAAGAGUUAUCCUAGCCAUUCAGAUAUUAGGAGAGAGUGAGUCAGUUCAUCCGCGAGUAUGCUGGCAUCCCCAUAAACAAGAGAUUUUAAUUGUUGCUAUUGGAAACCGUAUCCUCAAAAUCGACACUAUGAAAGCUGGAAAGGGUGAAACAUUUUCUGCAGAGGAGCCCCUCAAAUGUAACAUUGAUAAGUUGAUUGAUGGCGUGCACCUUAUCGGUAAGCAUGACGACAAUAUCACUGAGUUGUCAAUGUGCCAAUGGAUGAAGAGUCGAUUAGCUUCAGCAUCAGCAGAUGGCACGGUGAAGAUAUGGGAAGAACGCAAGGCAACACCACUUGCUGUUUUAAGACCACAUAAUGGUAAACCUGUUAAUUCUGUGACGUUCUUGACUGCUCCUCACCGCCCAGACCACAUCGUCCUUGUCACAGCGGGGCCAUUAAAUCAGGAAGUGAAGAUAUGGGUAUCUGGUUACGAGGAAGGCUGGUUAUUGCCUAGUGAUUCUGAAUCAUGGAUUUGUGUUCAGAGUUUGGAUAUAAGAAGUUCUUCUGAAGCCAACCCUGAGGAUGCAUUUUUCAAUCAAGUUGUAGCUUUGCCUCGCGCUGGUUUGGUUCUGCUAGCAAAUGCCAAGAAAAACACAAUAUAUGCUGUGCAUAUAGAGUAUGGACCCAAUCCAACUGCUACUCGCAUGGAUUAUAUUUCCGAGUUCAUAGUCACAAUGCCUAUAUUAAGCCUUAUCGGAACUAGUGAUAGUUUACCGGAUAGAGACCAUCUUGUGCAGAUAUAUUGUGUCCAAACACAAGCUAUUCAACAGUACGGACUCAAUUUGUCACAAUGUUUGCCUCCACCACUAGACAAUGCUGAACUUGAAAAAACAGAACCGAAUGUAUCCCGUGCUUGGGAUGGAUCUACUGAUCUGGAAACUGUUAACACACAGCAAGUUCAUUCAAGCACUUCUGAAAAUGCCGUGAAUUUGUCUUCGGAUGUUCAUGGUUUGCCCGAAGCUUCGGUAUCAGAUACUGAGAUCAAGCCAAAUGAUUUACCUUCUCAUAAUGGUUUUGAACAUGUCCAUGCUGCUCCACCUCCACUUCCGCCUAGUCCAAGACUGUCUCGAAGGUUAUCUGGUUCCAAAAGUUCUUCUAAUAUUUUAGGGACCAGCUCAACAACUGCUGGUGAUCACGGCAGCGAGCCAAUAAAUAUUGAUUCUUCUGCAGAACAAAGAGUAGACUCUGAAAAAGAUAAUGUGGCUGAUGUGCCUGCAUCGAGUGACAAUUUGCAAGAAAGUGAGAAAGUUGUACAAAACGAUGUUUCUGAUAGCCCUACAAUAUUUAAACACCCUACCCAUUUGGUGACUCCAUCUGAGAUAUUCUCUAAAUCUGCUUUAUCUUCUGCUAAUUCUAAUACCCCUCAAGGUAUGAAUGUUCAAAAUGUGGCUGCACAUAGUGAUGCCGAAAAGUCUGAAGUAGAGGUUAAAGUAGUAGGUGAGAGUGAGGCAGGUUCUAAUCUAGAAAACACCGAGUAUGAGAGAGACAGAGGCACACUCCCCGAUGUUGCUGAGAAGAAAGAGAAGCUAUUCCAUUCUCAGGCUUCUGAUCUUGGCAUUCGGAUGGCCAGAGACACCUAUAAUAUCGAGGGAGUUCGUCAGGCUGAUAGAGACUUCAAGGGAGUUCGUCAAGCUGAUAGAGACACCUAUAAUAUCGAGGGAGACCUUCAAAAUGAUAAUAAUAAUACUAUUGAAGCACCUGAAAGAGACACCUAUAAUAUCGAGGGAGUUCUUCAAGACACAAAUAAGGAGGUACCUGCAAACAUCAAGGAAUCCGAAGCUGUGGCUGCAACUUCGCAGCCUCCAGCACCUUCCACGAAAGGUAAAAGACAGAAAGGUAAAGGCUCUCAAGUGUCUGGUACAUCUUCCGCUUCUCCUAGCCCUUUUAACUCAGCGGAUUCAGCUAAUGAUCAAGGUGGAAAUACAGGAGGCUCUUCCAUGGAGUCUGCUUUACCACAAUUAUCUUCUAUGCAAGAGAUGAUGGGCCAGCUAUUAAACAUGCAGAAAGAAAUGCAAAAGCAGAUGAAUGUGAUGGUUUCGGCCCCUGUUACUAAAGAAGGCAAAAGAUUAGAAGGUUCAUUGGGUAGAAGCAUGGAGAAGGUAGUCAAGGCUAACGCCGAUGCUUUGUGGGCUCGCAUACAAGAAGAAAAUGCAAAGCAAGAGAAACUAGAGCGAGACCAUGUGCAGCAAAUAACAAAUAUGAUCUCCAAUUACAUAAACAAGGAUAUGUCAUCUCUAUUGGAGAAAAUCAUCAAGAAGGAAAUAUCUUCAAUUGGAACAACCAUUACUCGUUCACUUAGUCAAAAUAUAGAGAAAGCAAUAACAACAUCUGUUACGGAGUCAUUCCAGAAGGGGGUGGGAGACAAAGCAUUGAAUCAACUAGAAAAGUCGGUUAGUUCAAAACUUGAAGCUACAGUGGCUAGGCAGAUACAAGUACAAUUUCAAACUACUGGCAAGCAGGCUCUUCAGGAAGCACUUAAGACUAGUGUGGAAGCUACAUUAGUUCCUGCUUUUGAGAAGUCUUGCAAAGCAAUGUUUGAACAAAUUGAUGGCACAUUUCAGAAUGGACUUUCGAACCACACAACUGCUAUUCAACAGCAGUAUGAUUCUACUCAUUCUCCGCUAGCCAUCACCUUGAGGGAAACAAUUAAUUCAGCAUCAUCGAUCACUCAAACUUUGAGUGGGCAAUUGGCUGACGGCCAACGUAAACUGUUGGAAAUGGCAGCUAACUCCAAAGUGGCUGCUGAUCCUUUUGUAACACAAGUCAACAACGGCUUGCAUGAGAUGACCGAGGAUCCUACCAAAGAACUAUCAAGGUUAAUAAAUGAGCGAAAAUUCGAGGAAGCAUUUACUGGAGCCCUUCAUAGAAGUGACGUUUCAAUAGUUUCUUGGUUAUGUUCUCAGGCUGGUUUAACUGGUAUAUUGACGAUGACACCGAUGCCAUUAAGCCAAGGAGUACUUUUAUCUCUUCUACAACAAUUAUCCUGUGGCAUCAAUACAGACACACCGAGAAAAUUGCAAUGGAUGACAGAUGUGGCUGCUGCUAUAGACCCGGAAGAUACAAGGAUUGCAGCGCACGUGCGGCCUAUAUUGGAUCAAGUGUACCGUACACUAGGCCAUCAUCGUAGUUUACCAACUACUUCCCCUUCAGAAGCUAGCACAAUCCGUCUUCUCAUGCAUGUCAUAAACUCAGUGUUAUUGAGCUGUAAACCCGUGCAGAGAAUGUCUUGAGUAUCAUCUCCGGUUUUGUAAAUUGUGUGACAUCCACAUUUGAAGAAGUUAAACAACGCAUUAGUUUCAAAACUGCAAUUGGAGUGUAAACUGAAUCAAGGGGUGGUAGCAGUUGAGGAUUGGUGGAAUGGCUGCUACAAGUACUUAACUAGCAGUUAUGAAAGGAUAAGCAUUUGUGCUUCUCAUGAUACUACAAAGCUCUUGCCACGACCGCGUUCAGGGAAAGAUCGUUAUAGAUCCGUUGUAUACAAUGUUAUUGUGUAAUGAGAACAUGGGGUCGGUUGCUUCGGAGGCCGUGUCGUUUUGCUAGGAUGUUGUGUGUGGGUUGGCUCUCUCUGGUGUUUUGAAUGUAUUAAAUUUUGCAGUCAUUAAUAAUGAAAUGAGAGCCUCCCAGUUAUGUAAACUUUUUCACGCUUAAUCCGCAGGAUCGAAAGGAUGUAGUUUUGCUAGAGAUUAAUGUUCAGUUUGGACUAGUUUUUGAUCCA